GGCGACUCGAGAAUUGUAAGCGUGACAAAAACAACAAAGCCAAGGCGCAUUUCACAAUAAUUAAAUGUUUUUCGAGCUGUUGCCGAUCGUGUUUUCAAGCAAAAGCGACCGCAAUGAUUGAAUUAAGGACCCAGUGACCGGGGAAAGGGCACCAGUGAAAGAAAAGCGCCAGCGGCGCCGCGAAAUAAGACGAAAUACGGCGGGCAAAAACGCCGACCGCAUAACCUGUACGUGUACGUGAGGCGAAUGGAGUGCAAAGGCAAGGGCAAGAGAAUGAAGGAAGAGGCGCCAAGCAAGAAGUUGCCGCCUAAAAUCUAUGGCGGUGAUGCGGGCACCCCCACCAAGGCAGCCCACGACGAGAUCCUCAGCUCGCUGCUGCGGAUCAACAAUUUCGACUCGAUUUCGAGCAUCAAGGACGAGUCACUGGACAUCGAUCUGUCCGCCUGCGUGACCAUUAGCUCCGCCAGCCUGGUCAAUGGGAACAGCCUUUCCUCCACGGACUUCUGGCGCGUUCUCGACGAGAGCGCUCAAAACAAUACGGAGCUCAAUCUCUCAUCGGAUGGCGUGCGCGAUGACCUGACGGCCAGCGGUACCCUCGUGCCCAGCGCCAGCCUAACCAGCUCCAAUGACAAUCACUCCAGCUCAGAGUUCAAUGUGACAUUUUUGCGACCCGAGCCGCCGAACGCCUUCACCAACUCGCCUUUCAAAAAGACAUCGUCGAGCGGUGCCUCCACGCCAGUAAAGCUCUCCACGGAGCAGCUGCAUCUUCACCAACAGCAGCUGCAAAUGCCCCAGCAGCUGGGCCAGCCAAUGCAGCGUAAGCCCAAACUGCCGGCGGUAACGGCGUUGCGUCUAAAGGUUUUCAAGGAAGAGCCGGCCGAGGAAAAGCAGCCUCACCCUGACUUGAAGUCGCCGCAGGUGGUCACAAAGGUUGAGGUGUGCGAGGGAGAGUUCCUGCCGCCCUCGUUCACGAUCUUCCAGCAGCCACAGUUGGCUCGGACAGUGUCCCCGGAAGCAGAUACGGCUAGCAUGCCCCCGCCAGCACCCGAGAUCAACGGCAAGUCUUUAGAAAUAGAUCCUGCUCCGCUUCACAAGUGCCUCGACUGCAACGGCCUGCUGUUGGAAACCCCCGAUGAGGUGACGAAGCAUGAAGCGGCAGCACAUCGGUUACGUUUAACCUACCGGUGCAGUGAGUGCCAGCGGGAAUUCGAGGUGCUCGCUGGAUUAAAGAAGCACCUAAAGACGCAUCGCACAGAGGCGCGAAAGGACACUUGGAAGAAGUGCCCUGACUGCGGCAAAUGCCUCAAGUUGGGGAGCAUGUGGAUGCAUAGGAAGAUUCACAGUGACAACAAGAAGUACCAGUGCGAUAUCUGCGGUCAAAAGUUCGUGCAAAAGAUAAACCUUACACAUCACGCCCGAAUCCACUCCUCGGAGAAGCCGUACGAGUGUCCGGAGUGUCAAAAGCGCUUCCAGGAGCGGUCGCAUCUGCAGCGUCAUCAGAAGUAUCAUGCCCAGACUCGUUCUUACCGCUGCGAGAAAUGCGGCAAAAUGUACAAGACGGAGCGGUGCCUGAAGGUUCACAACCUGGUGCAUUUGGAGCAGCGACCUUUCGCCUGCACGGUGUGCGACAAAAGCUUUAUCAGCAACUCGAAGCUGAAACAGCACUCUAACAUCCACACGGGCAUGCGUCCUUUUAAAUGCAACUACUGUCCGCGCGACUUUACCAACUUCCCCAACUGGCUUAAGCACACGAGGCGCCGACAUAAGGUGGACCACAAAACAGGCGAGCAUCUCGAGAACAUUCCCUCCUACUGUUCGAAGAAGUCGACCGCCAGUAAGGCCCAAAAAGCAGCGGCAGCAGCCCCGGCGGUGGCGACAGCCACAGUGAAUCCCGACGAUCUUGCCACUUCCAGUGAACUAAAAGUAAAGACCAAUCCUGCACCGGCAGCUGCCUUGGCACCUGCAAAACAGGCACGGAAGAAAAAGCAGCCGCAGCAGGCUACACUAGCUGCUUUGGGUAUUACCCUUCCUGCCGGCACAGCACUUCAGCAGGUGCAUCCGGCACCGUCAACCGCACAGCAGCAACCAGAGCUAACCUCUGUGGUGGUGACGCUGCCUCCGCCGGCACCCAAGCAGGCCAAAGCUAAGCGAGAACGUAAACAGCUGGCGCCCAAGCAACUGCAACGACAGGCCCAGAUGCAGCAAACCAGUCUUGAGAAUACCGCUGCAGUGCCACAGAUUAAAACUGAACCUGUGCAAAGCCAGGGUCCAUUUCUGGAUUUGCAUGGCCUCAGUCUGACUUCAGCUGAGGAGCUAAUCAUGGAGCAGGCCCUGGAGAUGGAGGAGUGCGGUCUAUACGAUGCCCCUGUCGUUCGCACAGACAUGGGGACGUCAGACAACGCCAUCUCUGACUCAGCAGCUGCCCUGCAUUUCCAGAUAAAAAAUGAAUUACCUGAUGAGCUGUUGCCGGAUGAUGAUUUUAUUCCUUGUAAGCCCAGCGAUCGCCUUGCUUGCCCCUCACUGGAGUCCUCACCGUUCUCUUCGCCGGCUUCCAUGGAACUGGCAGCCGUAUCCACUUCCUCCAGUACGGCUACAAACACGCAAGCAGUACCCACGCGAUCCGGGAACUACUACCUGCCUGCCUUCACAUUGAACGCGAAUGGCAAGCUAAGCUCCGGCAAUUCGGCGCAAUCGGUGAUCACGAGCGCCGCACCCACGGUGUCCAUGGUAAAUGUGCCUCUGCUAGUGCGCUCUAAUCAGAUGCUGCCCUCAGUGGAUACACUCCUCUUCACCAACCAGACUGGCGGAAGUCGUUUCUUUGCGGGGAAAUCGGCAACAGCGGCCACGCCGCAUCUGACAUGAUCGGUCGGCGGUCUCUGCUGCCCGCCAACGUGAACGCCUCAACGAUCUCGUGUCUUAGUUAAGUUAGCAGUAACUGACCGCUGGCAAUCGUUUUAUAGAAGUCCUUAUGUUAUUAAAAGUAUGACGCUACAUUUGCUUAA